AUGCCCUUUAAACCGAUCGAAGUUCCUAAAUGCCCUAAGUGCGGAAAGUCAGUUUACGCUGCCGAGGAGAUGGUAGCCGGCGGAUACAAGUGGCAUAAGUUCUGCUUCAAAUGCACGAUGUGUAACAAGCUGCUCGAUUCGAUGACCGUCGCCGAGCACGAGGCACCGCUGUACUGCAAGCAAUGUCACGGCCGAAAGUACGGUCCCAAGGGCGUCGGGUUCGGCAUCGGCGCCGGCGCCCUCUCAAUGGACACCGGAGAGCAGUUUGGCAACACUUCGCUGCUGGAUUCAACGACCGUGUCCGAGCAUGGCACUGAGUUGUUCUGCAAAACGUGUCAUGGCAGAAAGUACGGCCCUAAGGGAGUCGGCUUUGGGUUAGGAGCCGGAACGCUUACGACAGACACGGGCGAACGAUAUGGAAACACCUCAUGCGAAAUGUCGUAAGU